AUGAGAUCUGGUGUUGAUACCAGUUGGUCGCCGUCACUCUCGCCUCUACAUGGCACUGACGUGGUCUCGACGCUCCUCUCACUCGACGCAACCUCAUCAUUACCUGGCAUUGCUCUGCCUGAUAACUUUGAUCUUGUUGGCGCCCUGGAGGUUGAAGUCGGAAAUGCUCCACAAAUGCUCCAAUUACGAUGUCCUGCGCCACUCGAUGGCGCAGUUUGCACCGAGACCAUCGUCGGCGUGCCGGUCACCGCCUCGGUCCUUGUUCCGGCUGCAAACUUGGCUGGCCUCGGUAACGCCAUUACCCUCUCCCCGGAACUCCUCAUUGCCAUGUGGUCCGGCGAGGUCACCCGCUGGGACUCGCCGCUCAUUGCCGCGCUCAACCCUGGCAUCAUCCUCCCGCGCGAGAGCAUCAUCGUCGUCGCCCCGCCUUCGGGUGUUGCUGAUCGCGUCCUGGGCGAGAUCGCCUACCGCCAAGCUGGUGGCGCUCUUUCCAUCGCCAACGCCACCCUCGCUCCAACUCGCACCGCGCGACGCGGAGUCUCAGAAGUGGAGGCCGCAAAGACCGUCGCGAGCAUCCCCUACGCACUCACUUUUAUCUCGUCCGAGGAGUUUUUCGGCGGCAAGCACGAGGGCGUCCUCGACGUCCCUCGCAUUGCCACUCCGCGCGGCUCCGCAGUCUCUCUCUCCGAGGCUUCAGUCCGCAUCGCCGUCGACACCGUCGGCGGGCCCACCAUCUCGCCGCUCCUCUCCGCCGUCGACGACGGCUGGCCGCUCGUCUACUCAGAAUGGGCUCUCUUUCCCUCCUCGCUCCGCGGCGUCUCGGAACGUCAGUGCGACGCUGUCUCGCUCGCCGUCAUCAAGGUCGCAGACCUCGUCUCCAACCUCUUCUACGCAGACCGCGCCUGGGACUACGGCCACGCCGUCUUUCCUGUCGAGGUCCGGCAGUCGGCCGUCGAAACGCUCGCCACCAUCACGUGCAACGGCAACCCGGCGCUCCGUCGCGAGUUUAUCGUCUCGGGCUCGGGCAGCUCCCUCGCCAGCACUCUCUACGGCAACGUCAUGGCCCUCUACAAUGCCCUUCUCGACACAAACAUCCAGUACGUCGGCCUUGGCGUCGGUGCUGAUGCCCUCCUCGAUGGCUCGUCUGUCUUUGUCGGUGUCGACGCCCCUCUCGACCACAGGAGCAAGCUCGCCUCCAAGUCCAUCAGUACCCUCGUCGUUCCGGCUUUUGCAUCCUCCAUCACCCUACCCUACACCAUCCACUAUCCGCCUGCCGCCCCGCCGCUCCCGGCACUCGUCCUCUCGCGCUCUGUCGUCGCAGACAUUUUCCUCGCCCGUAUCACCUCCUGGUCCGAUCCGGCCAUCGCCGCCCUCAACCCCGUCCUCGCUCCCUGGCUCCCAAACUCUACCAUCUGCGUCUGCAUCUACUCGCAGCCGAACGGAAUGACCUCGGUCUUUACCGAAGCGCUCGCCGCCUUCUCGCCAGACUGGGCCUACCUCUACGGCUCCACGAGCUACAUGCCGCCUGGCCAGUGGCCUGGCGAGACUGAUGCGACCGCGUGCAUCCUUCGUGCCGACGACGCCACCUCGGUUGCCCGUGCCAUCGCAGGCUCAACAUCAGCCAUCGGGUUUGUCACCCGCUCCGUCGCUGCUGCCUCUCAACUCGACAUGGUCUCACUCAUCAACCGCGCCGGCAACACCGUCCGCGCCGCCGCCGCCACCGUCGCCGCUGCUGCAGACGACUCGGCCAACGACGAGCCCGAAGUCCCGCACCUCCCGCUUGUCCACUCCAUCGUCGACCGCCCCGCCGCAGACGCAUGGCCCAUCUCCACGUUUACCUACUUUGCCAUCGACGGCGACGCGCCCGCAGACGGCCGCUGCGCUGAGCGCCGCGUCUUUGCCGAGUUCCUUCCGCUCCUCGACGUCUGCUCGCCCACCGCCUACCCCGUCCUCGCCUCUUGCAACUCGCCCGCUGCUCCACCGCCGCCCGCCAUCUCCACCAUUGGCUACGUCCUCAUCUUUGUCGCCCUCGCCGUCGUCGUCGUUCUCACCACUGCCGCUGUCUUACUCGUCCGCAUGCGCAACCGACUCGUUGUCUCGCUCGACGUCGACGAAGACAUCGUCGUCGCCAUGGACGAAGUCGAAAUCAUCGGCUCUCUCGGCACCGGCUCGUUUGGCACCGUCUACACCGGCCGCUGGCGUGGCACCACCGUCGCCGUCAAGCACAUGCAUGGCCUUGACGACUCGUCCACCCUCCUCGUCGACUUUGUCUCGGAGGCAUCCGUCCUCAUGAAACUCCGCCACCCGAACAUCGUCCUCUUUAUGGGCAUCAUGCUCGAUCCGGCCGCACUCGUCACCGAGUACGUCAUCCAUGGCUCGCUCUUCUCUGUCCUUCACGACUACGACUACAACCUCGAGACAAACUGCAUCCUCUGGUGGGCCCACGCCAUCGCCAUCGGCCUCGACUUUCUCCACCAGUCCGGCAUCAUCCACCGUGACAUGAAGUCGCUCAACGUCCUCCUCGACGCCGGCUGGGUCCCCAAAAUCGCAGACUUUGGCCUCGCAUCGGCAAAGAGCCACUCAGGCUCGUCGGCCUCGCGCAAGGCGCACCGCAUCUUUGCCCGCAAGCUCAAGGACCUCCGCGCCGCCCGUCCCAUCGCCACCACCGCCACUGCCUCGGGCACCAUCGUCCGCUUCGACACCUCGUAUGGUGCCAGCGGGGAUCGCAGCGACCGCCUGAGUGGCAUCCAGCUCGACACCGUGCCCUCGUCCGGCACACGCAACUCGUCCGGCACACACGGCUCCGCCGGCCGCUCCUCGGGCCACAACGCCGCCUCGGGCAGGUCCAUCGACACAAACCUCGGCUCGCUCCUCUGGGCCGCGCCUGAAAUCCUCAAAGACGGCGCUUCUGCCGCCUCACAAGCCUCAGACGUCUACUCCUUCGCUAUCACAGCCUGGGAAAUGCUCACCCGCUGCGAGCCGUACGCCGGGACAAACCCGGUCGCUGUCGCCAUGGACGUCGCCCGCGGUGUCCUCCGUCCCGCCCUCUGCCUCGUUCCCGAGCACGCCUCCUCCAUCGUUCCCAUCAUCGUCGCCGCCUGGCACCAGGACCCGCUCGAGCGCCCAUCAUUUGCAGAGCUUGCCACUCAACUCGCCGCAUGCUACGCCCGCCCCGCCGUUGUCCUCCCGUCCAAGACCACAGUUCCGCGCGGCCUCGUCAUCGCCGCUCGCGUUUCCUGCACCCUCGCAAAGGCCAAGCUCCUCGAAGACCCAGACUCGGUCCGUGAGCUCCUUCUCGCCUUUCACACCGCGCUCGCCACAGCCGCUGGCCUCGCCACCGUCAAGAUUGCAGAGUCGGGCGUCGCUGACGUCGUCCUCAUCUGCCAGGUCGCCGCCCAGUUUGCCUGCUUUGCGCAGCGCUUCCUCUCGGACAUGUCCGUCUACGGCGGCGUCUGUCUUGUCGCCGCCAUGGGACGCCUCGACUUUCGCCCCACAACCGUCGACGAGACCUCGUCCCAACACUUUGUAUUCAAGGGCGAUGUCGUGCGCGAGCUCAACGCUCUCGCAAGCCUCCAGCCCGUCAAGCACGCCUCCACGGGCGUCUUUAUUUCGCAAACCCUCGUGCCCGAGCUCCAAGGUGCCCUCGACGCCAACCCCAACGCGCUCCUCCACCUCACAGAGGCCGACGCUGUCGCAGACUCGGACAUCGAGCCCAUCGGGGUUGCCACCCUCUCGCUCUCCACCAACUCGAUGCAUCGCUCGUCCUCAAACUCCGCUCUCGGCCUCUCGAGCGAGCUUGCCGCAGGCGUGUCUGCCUCCGCCUCGCGCCCCCGCGCCCGCCGCCGUACCGCAGGCCACAGACUCACCAUCGACUCGAGCUCCUCGCGCCGCCCCGCCGACGCCUCGUUUGACGGCCUCCGAUCCUCACUCCCUGCCGUUCUCGACAAACCCGGCUUUGCCCGUGCACACUCGGCAGACCUCCCGCCGCCCCUCCUCGCCUCGUCAGUCGUCGGCCCCGAUCGCCUCUUCCGCGCCGCGCAAUCCGAUGUCAACGCCCUCCCCAGUACCGUCCCGUCAUCGUCGGCCUGGUUCGACAUCUCCAUCCCCACCUCGGAGUUUGCCGCCGUCUCGGCCUCGAUCGAGGGCACAUCCAACCUCAACCCGGUCAUCAACCGCGCCGCCUUUUCGCCCGAGCACUCGCCCCGCACCGCCCACACCUCAAGCGGCCGCAUUGAGCUCUGCGCAGAGUCGACCACCUUUCUCCUCUCGGCCUACAGCAUGAAGGCCAUCGUCCAGUCCGGCAAGUUGGUCCAUGUCUCCUCACACUCCAAGGCCUACGUCUCCACCUACCUGCACAAACCCGUCCUCGUCAAGCUCCUCCUCGACCAGGACGUCAAGCCGACCUCGCUCGUCACCUUUGUCACCGCGCUCGCCAAGCUCCUGUGGAUCGCCCGCCAGGCCGAGCGCGGCUCCGUCGUCCCGCCCAUCGCCGCCUGCUCCUUUGCGCCCUACAUCGGCGUCGUCAUGCCCUACGCACCGCUCGGCUCGCUUGCGGACCUCGCCUCCCCAAAGCUGUCCGUCGAGCGCUCCGCCGUCUUCCUCCGCAAUGCUUCCAUCGCCCUCGCAGACGCCCUUGCAGGUCUCCAUCAGCUCGGUGGCGUCCAUGGCUCACUCAAGCCUGCGAACGUCCUUGUCGCACACCCGACAGGCUCAAAUGUCGCCCUCGCAGAUGCAUGCAUAGCCACCAUCCGCUCCUCGCUCUCCACCAUGACCCUCACCCCAACCAUCGCCUACCAGUCGCCCGAAGAGCUCUCCGGCGAGCCGCCCACCGCCGCCUCGGAUCUCGCCUCGCACAUCCGCACCGUCAACACCCCAGACCUCGCAGACUUUCCCGCACGGCUCAUCCGUAUCUUCCACUCGUGUUGGAAGGCGCUCCCCGCCGACCGCACAGACAUGACUCACAUCGCCCGCGUUCUCUGGACCUCUGAAGUCGAAGAGUACCAGCAGUUUGUGUGA